CAACGACUAUUUCUAAGUAAUAGGUGAGAUUUGUCUCCCACCACAGUGACAGUUGGCUCGCAAAUCAGAUUAGGAAACCAAUUUUCUCGAGAAAAUACGAAAACUUUCCCGGAAAAUCAUCUCCUUUUCAAUUUCUUCUCGAAACAUUCAAACCCAAAGGUCAUGAUUAAGUUUUCAGAUCUUUCACUUAUCUUCUUGCUUUCGAUCGCGUCCGUCCUCUUUGAAUCUUCGAGCUCCUCAAUAAUCAAUCCAUCGAAAGUCAAACAAGUUUCAAUGAAACCAAGAGCUUUCGUGUACGAAGGUUUUCUAACGGAUGAAGAAUGCGAUCAUUUGAUAGCUCUUGCGAAGUCGGAGCUGAAGAGAUCGGCUGUUGCGGAUAAUGCGUCUGGAAAAAGCAAGCUCAGCGAGGUUCGGACUAGUUCCGGAAUGUUUAUUACUAAGGGAAAGGAUCCUAUUGUUUCCGGAAUAGAAGACAAGAUUGCAACUUGGACCUUCCUACCUAAAGAAAAUGGGGAAGACAUACAAGUGUUGAGAUAUGAGUAUGGACAGAAAUAUGAUCCACAUUAUGAUUACUUUGCUGACAAGGUUAAUAUUGCACGUGGCGGGCAUCGCCUGGCAACUAUCCUAAUGUAUCUCACUGAUGUAGAGAAAGGUGGUGAAACUGUGUUCCCCUCAGCGGAGGAGUCUCGUCGUAAAUCUUCUGCAGCUGAUGAUGACUUAUCAGCGUGUGCAAAGAACAGUAUUGCAGUAAAACCACGAAGAGGGGAUGCACUUCUUUUCUUCAGUCUCCACCCGAGCGCAGUUCCAGAUCCAAUGAGCCUCCAUGCAGGUUGCCCGGUGAUCAAAGGUGAGAAGUGGUCCGCAACAAAGUGGGUCCACGUGGAUUCCUUCGACAAGAUCGUGGGAGCAGGUGGGAAUUGCACAGAUCAGAAUGACAAUUGUGAGAGAUGGGCUGCACUCGGGGAAUGCACUAAGAAUUCGGAGUAUAUGGUGGGAACUCCAGACCUACCGGGAUAUUGCAGGAGGAGUUGCAAGACAUGUUGAGCGUGGUAAAUUUUGUUUUCCUCUAAAGAUUAUCUACUGUAUUUCUUCACGGUUUGGUUUGGGGGAUGAAUUUGUGGCACGUAUGUAUCUGUUUCUUUUGGUGGUGUUCUUGUCUGUUCAGUCAUUCCUUUGCUAACCAAUUUUUGUGGUUAAGAAAAAUUGUUCCUGUUAUGCUCUCUUUAGUCGAAAUAUUUUCAAAAC